AACAGCCUGCUCCCUGCUGCUGUCAGUUGGUGUUUUCUUUUCUUAAAAACAGUAAUUUCACAGCUGGUCGUGUCUUCAUUAGCAGGCUGACAGAUGUCCGCUUCUCCCGCAGAAGAUCUGCUCCAGCAGUGGGAAAGUGAGCAGGCACGUCUGAGGCAGCAGGUGCUGGAGGAGGACACAGAGGACUGGCAGAGGAGCCCAGACUUUUCAGGUCUGGAGCGAGUUGGUGGGGUGGACCUCUCCUUCAUCAAAGGGGAUGACGUCAAUGCCUGUGCCCAGCUCGUGGUACUCAGCUACCCAGAUCUGCAGGUGCUGUAUGAAGACAGUCAGAUGGUGACCCUGACGGCUCCCUACAUAGCCGGCUUUCUGGCAUUCAGAGAAACUCCAUUCCUCCUGGAGGCUCUGCAGAGGCUGAAGAAGAACCAGCCCGCACUCCUUCCUCAGGUGGUGUUUGUGGAUGGGAAUGGUCUCUUUCAUUACAGAGAGUUUGGCUUGGCAUGUCACCUGGGAGUGCUGUCAGGGCUGCCCUGUGUGGGCGUGGCCAAAAACCUGCUGCAGGUGCAAGGAGUCAACAAGAGUGAGGAGCAUCAGUCACAAAUAGCUGCUCUGCAAAGAGGAGGAGACAGCUUCCCACUCAUAGGCGCCUCAGGCAAAGUGCUCGGAAAGGCACUGCGGAGCUCUGACAAGAGCUCGAAGCCAGUGUACGUGUCUGUGGGCCACAAGAUCAGCCUGGACACAGCUGUCCGCCUCACACACGCAUGCUGCCGCUACCGGGUCCCUGAGCCAAUCAGACAGUGUGAUGUGUUUUAGCUGGUGGGAAGAGGGGCAGCCGGCAGCAGCAGGGACUGAAUGUGGACAUCAGAGAGAAGCAGGGACAAUCUUACCUUCCUCUGUCCAGUCACCGGUGCCUCCCUCUUCAUCCUCCUUUCUUUGCCCAACUGCUCUGCUUUCAGUCUCUGACAUCCACAUUCCCUUCUGUGUCUCCCAGUAUUGCCCUUGUGUUCUCUCCCGGCUUCUGCCACAGGUACUUUCUCCUUCAUAGAUCCAGCUGCGAUGUUACGUCCAGAGUUCUGUUUGCUCUCGCUGGCAGGCAAAUUUUCAUCCCUCAGACUUUUGAAAUCACAGUCACAUCUCAUGAAAAAAGCAAAAUCAAAAAGAUAUCAACCUGACAGGAAGACUGAAUAACUGAAUACGUUUGACAAUAGAAAAUGAAAACAGGCUUUUGUGUGCAAAUAUUCAUCAUGGACAUUAAAGGUCAAACUAAAGAUGCAAAUAUAUAUAACUACCCACACUUAAACAGAUUCUGUGUCAGUCCCACACUUGCACAUACUUGGUAGGACUUCACAUCCAAAGGUUGCUUGGCUGACCAUCUAGUCAGCCUCUUGUUCUGCAUCGGCUCCACCUCAGCUCCAGCGAGCGUGUUGAGCAGUGGGUUAUUCUCUGUGUACCAUGCUGUAAGAUUAUUGAUUUCCUCUAGAUAUAAAUCCUCUCUUCCUCUCAUCAGUGUUUAUAAUCUCACCAGAACGGUUGCGCUCUCUGCAGAUUUCACGAUAGAGUUCUCUCUGUGUCUCUGAAAUAAUCAUGGGAGAAUAAUGUGAACAGGAUGAGGCUGAACACUCAACCCUGGAGGUUUGUGGUGUGACGCUCCUGUCUGAGGAAGUCCAACAUCUAAUGUCAGAUUGUGGCGCUAAGGCCAAAGUGCUGAGUUGAAAUCAACAAACAACAUACAGAUAUUUGUGCCUUGAUUUUCAAGGCAAAGUGUGAGGAAGUGGAGAUCUGAUCCUUUGAUGGUUCAGCCUGACUGAAAUCUUAUCUUUAAUGUACUGGGCCAGACAUUUAAACCAUUCGUUAUCCAUUAUCUUCUGCUCAUCUGAAGUCGGGUUGCUGUAACAGCAGUUUAAACAGGGUAUUCCAGAUGUCCUUCUCCCCAGCAUGGGUUUGCAGUAACUCUCAGGAGGUCCCAACAAUAUAAUCUCUCCAGUGGGUUCCAGAUCUUCUUCUGGGUCUUCAAAGUGCCCAACAAAACCUCCAAAUGGAGGUGCCCUGGAGGCAUCAUGAUCAGAUACUGAACUGUCUCACUUGGCUCCUUUUAACACAAAAGGAGUAACAGCUCUACUCUGAGCUCUCUGUGGAUGUUUGAGCUCCUCAUCUGUAAGGCUGAGCGCUGCCAUCCUACAGACAAAACUCAUUUCAGCUGGUUGUAUUCAAAAUAUAUUACACAUUACUUGUUACUUUUCUUAAAAGUUGUGCAUUACGUUGCUUAAUAAUUCACCUGAGAAAGUAAAUUGUUACACUACUUAUUGCAUUAUUUUGAUGUUACUCCAUAACAUGACCUGAAACACACUAUCACAUAGUUACUAGUUAACACUAUAACCAUUAUGCUACAUCCUGCACACCGACACAAACCAGUGUUGUAUUGAGGGCACACAUACGACCUUUCUUUAGUGUUUACAUGUGUACUAUGUCUCUGUCGACUGCUCAUCGCUGCCUUUGCUACCUGUUCAGUUCAGGCUCUGGCUGCUGGGCUGGGGUCAGCAUACACUUGGGUUUAACAUCAUUCUGGGGUCCUGACUAGCUUUGUGUUAGCAUGCUGUCUGCGCAGAUGCUUGCAAAGAGCCGAUGCUGUCUUAUAAGUAUAGAGCAGUUGUUUCCGUCCUUGACACAGUUUGCACUUUACCAUUGGACUCUUUUCCUUUUUGUGUAAUAAAAAUAAAAUUCAUGUCCUCAUCUCCAAUCCUCAAGUCAGAAACUGCUUCACCAUUUUCCAAAAAGACGUGUU